CCGCGUGCCGACCGGCGAGCAUCGCGUAGCCAUCCUCCCUCGGCGAAUUCCUCGCUUUCCCUCGUUCUCGCGCGAAGGGCUCUCGACGGCCACGGUCACGUGUCUCACCCUGCCGGUUUCGUACGGUCGAACGCAAGUGCAGCCGUGCAAGUGCGGACACCCUCGCUCGGAUGCAGUCUCCGGCGUGAGUCUCCGAGUAAUUAUCGGCGACGCUUCUCUUUCUUCCAUCUUCCUCCUCCUCCUCUUCGUCAUUCUCCGCUUGAGAAGAUAGAUCGUUUCUUCUGCGACCCAGGAAGCGCGACGCACCGCUCGAAUAUGGGAGUCGAUCUUCGUCGGGUGCGCCGUAAGGAUCUCGCACACGGUGAAUCUUCGAUCGGGAUUGUUUCUUGCGAUCCUCGGCGGUCCGGCGCGAGCUUGAUACGUCCGGACGCGCGAUCCGAUGACGAUGCUCACUGAGGGCGCAUAUCGUGCUGAGUACGAAGGGCGAAACUGCUCCUUGGUUCAGCUGCCGAUGAUUAUGAGAGCCGGGAUAAUCGCGCGACGUCAGUCGGCGUGCGGAGCAUGAAGUUCGUCGUUCCCUUCGAGUAGCGUCGGAUGAGACCAUCGGCUUGGGCGCAGUGAGAUGUGAGUUCGCGAUGGAGCUGCGGAUCAGUAUACUACUUUUGACGCUCCUACGCCUCGCCAGCACGCUGGAAAGUACGAAGGAAGAGGAUGACGCCGAGGAGGACGACGAGGAGAGUUAUCCUGUGGAGGACUACGAUUACGGCGACUAUGAGACAGCGACCAUAACCAGCGAUACCGAUCUUAUCGCCGGUCGUUCUCUGCCGAUUUUCUUGGCGGAGCCCGUCGACACGUUCGUCGUCAAAGGGAAACCGGCGACGCUGCAUUGCCGUGCCGCACACGCUCUUCAGGUGUAUUUUCGCUGCAAUGGCGAGCGAGCCGAGCGCUCGCAGCAGCAGGAUUUUGUCGACCCUCGUACCGGGACGAGGGUCGUCGAGGUCGAGUUGAACGUGACAAGGAACGAGGUCGAGGAGUACUUCGGGAGGGAGAGAUUCAAGUGCGAGUGCGUGGCUUGGUCGGGACCAGGUCAAAUUCGAGGGCAGCCCGCUACGGUUGAGGUCGCCUAUCUGAAGAAGCACUUCCUGUCGCCGCCGUACUCGCUGUCGGUGGAGGUCGGCCGCAACGCCGAGCUGCGAUGCUCGCCGCCGUUGGGCGUACCCACGCCCAAAGUGUAUUGGCUGAGGAAUGGCUCGCCCUUCGAGACGACGACCGCUUCCGGCGCCGCUUCUGAGGCGAACCCCAACGACGUGUCCGCGACCAGCUUUGUGCAAUCCGCUGACGGGCAUCUGCUGCUGGGCGAGGCCGAAUUGAGACAUCAGGGGAACUACUCCUGCGUCGCCGAGAACUUGGCCGCGAGGAGGGUUAGCGAGCCGGCGGUCCUCACGGUGUACGUGAACGGCGGGUGGUCGUCCUGGUCCGGCUGGUCGGAGUGUAGCGCUCGCUGCGGUAGAGGCGUACAAAAGAGGACAAGAACGUGUACAAAUCCCGUUCCAAUCAACGGCGGUCAAACGUGCCCAGGACCAGCCACACAAAGGGUAGAAUGCAAUCCUUCCUGUCCCGCGGUUGACGGCAGAUGGUCAACCUGGUCCUCGUGGUCCGCAUGCGGUCCCGAUUGUUCGAGAGUAAGAAGGAGAUCCUGCAACGAACCCCCGCCUAGCAACGGCGGUCGUCCCUGUCAAGGCAAGGACGUCAUCGUCGAGUCCUGCUCCACGGAUCGAUGUAAUGCGCUCGGACAGGACGGGCCGAGGGUGUUCAAGGAAGCGACUCGGGCGGUCGAUCAGAGGAACAUUCUCGCGUUGUGGAUCACUUUGAGUUUAGCUGCGGUUAUCUUGGCGUUGACCACUAUUUUCUUCGUUCGCUUCAUGCGCCGGAAGGAGCGGAUGGAGGCAUUGUACGGCGUCGCGAGGCUGGACUUUCGCCGUCCAGGCGAUCUCGCCAAGUCCGUCGUCUCCAAGAACGAGCGCGCCGUCUUGGCUAAUGACCGGCGUCUGGAGCACGUGAUCGACGAGUCGAACGCCGCCCGGUUACCCAGAUCCUGCUCGGAGCAUCAUUACGACGUGCCACAAUUGUCAUUACCGUCGACAACGAGACCGUCCCCGAGUUCCUCCGUAACCAGGUCCUCCUGCAAGAAUUCGCAACGAGGACGCGGCAUGUCGGAUAAUGAGGAGGGCCGAUCUUCCCGCUCGACGUGUCAAGCGAAUCCGGAAAGCACCAACGAGGAUGACGACGAGCAGGAGGACGACGAUAGGCUGGAGGAGGACGAGCGAUUAGCGGCGGAGGACGAGCGCGCCGGCGGUGGCUUCAUCGUGCGCGCCUUGAUCGACGAACAGGGCGCGCUUCUGGUCGUGCCGGAGGUGGGCGUCUCGAUGUCCGUGCCGGAAGGCGCGAUCUCGCGCGGUCGCCGGCACAGCCUGCACCUCGCGGUGCUCGGGGACAAUUCGUUCAGGCCGAGCCUUCCGCCCGGACUCACUCUGCUGUCCGCCGUGGUGGCGUGCGGCCCACCAGGCGUCGACCUCGUCAAGCCGGUGAUCCUCCAGUUCGAGCACUGCGCCGAGCUGAGGACCGGCAACUGGGAAUUGAGCCUGUGGUCCGCGGAGAUAGACCUGGAGACGCGCUCGACCAUCUCCGCGAGCUCGUCCACCAGCUCGAGCGGCUCGCCCACCGCGACGGCGUGGCGCAAAGUGCUGAUGUUGGGCGGCGACCCGACGAACCUGCCGGGGCAACCGUUCGCGCAACUCGACCACGCUGGUGUGUUCCUCGUCACGGAGACGCCGAGCGUGUACGCGGUGGCCGGCGAGAAUUCCGUGGUCGCGCCGGGCUUGGCCGUGAAACGCCUUUGCAUGGCGGUUUUCGUGUCGCGCGAGCGCGACCACAUCAGGUGCCACGUGCUCGAGGACACCAAGGCGUCGUUCAAGCUCGUCAGCGAGCAAGAACGUCGUCUAGGUAGCGCCUAUAUCGAUCACGGUACUCUCGGAUUUCGCGCCAGCGGUACCUCGCUUCGUGUCGAUCUCGAGGAUCGGGAGAGCGGCUUUGCGGAACGGCAAGAGGUACCAUACCGGCGCAUUUGGUCUUCUUCGAGGACCAGCAUCCGGCGAUCUUUCAGGAUAGAAAAGACGGUCGGCGAUCUCAGACUUGGCUUCGAGCUUCGCGCAUGCCAGCGCGGCUUCGAAGAUCAGGGCCUGAUGUUGAGGAUCGAUCUCGAUCUCGUGAAGAGGAACAACAUGAGCGGAAAGAGGAACGGUAAAGCGGAAUCGUCCGUUGUCCUGCGCGGGAAAACCUCGACGAGGUCUACGGAAUCUGUCAUACCGAGACCCUUCAGAUUUUCUAAGACACUGAGAAAGCAAUUAUGCCAAUGUCUGGACCCGCCGAGCGCGCGCGGCAACGACUGGCGGAUGUUGGCGCAAAGACUGCAAGUUGACCGAUACGUCGACUACUUCGCGACGAAGGCGAGCCCGACCGAGCAUAUUCUGGACUUGUGGGAGGCCAGACACCGCGAGGCUACGGCUCUGGCGGAUUUACUGAACCAUUUAAGACUGAUGGGGCGCGUCGACGCGGCCAAUGUGCUCGAGAGUCGUCUGGGGCCAUGGAUCUAAAAGAUUACGAAGGAGAAAAGGAACUCACACUGCCACUCUGCACAAACUGCACGCCGCGGAUUUCUAACGCGACGGACAAGAGAGAUUUUUGUACAUAGGAAUAGUCAUUACAUAUACGGUAUUAGCAAAGCGGACGUAAAAGAAAAGUAUGUUGUAUAAAUAUCGGCCAUAUUUGUACAUACAAG